CGUUUAACAGUCGAUCGAAUGAUAUUGUUUAAAAACGUACCGCUCAACACUGGCUGUUCUAGGCUAAAAUGUGUGAUGAAGAACAAAGUUGCGCUCAAGUUGAAUCCGAUCAAACGGAUUCCCAAUUAUCUUUGUUAGAUCUUCCAAUCGAGAUAUUUUUUCACAUCUGUUCCUUCCUAGAUGCAUCAACAUUAGUACAUGGCUUGGGUUUAGCAUGUAAACAGUUCCAUCAAAUUCUAAACGACAACUCACUGUGGAAAGUGAGGAUAAGUCAAAUUUUACCAAAUACUGGUUAUCCAGUUUUGCCUCCUGCUGAGGAUGAUGAAUUGUUUUGGAAGUUGUCAUGUGUUGCACUAGAGAAACAAACAUCAUUAUGGAAGGAAGAAAACUCUAUGGAGAAGUUUACACUUAGCAAUGUACAAUACAGCACUAUUGAUGGUUUAUUAUUAAUGCAGAAUGGAGACAUUUGUGUAUCAGGAGCAAGAGACCGAUCACUAGUAUGGUGGAGGCUUCCCACAAAGGAAAAUGAAAGAGAGAAUGCAACAUGUAUAGACUUUGCUCAUGAUGGGUGGAUUUGGGAUCUAGCAGCAAUAAAUGAUACAAUCUAUAGUUGCAGCUGGGAUCAAACUGUCAAAUCGUGGACGCUUACUACCACCGGCCUUCUUCCCUACCAAACUUAUGAGAUGGCCCGCUCUUGUGCUUUAUUGUGUGUUGCAUCGUGCCCGGAUUCAGGCCUUUUUGCAACAGGAUCAUUUUGUAAAAUUAUUUUUGUGUUUGAUCCAAGAUCAGGCUACCGACCUAUUGCGACGUAUAAACCACACAAAAAGGCCGUUAUUACACUGGCGAUGAGUUCUAAUUUUCUUUUAUCCGCUAGUGAGGAUAAAACGGUGUCUAUAUGGGAUCAAAGAGCAGGAAGAACUAUGAAAAAUGUUACUAUUUCCCAGGAAUCAUUCCCUAUGAGUAUGUGUAUGCAACGAGACAUGGUUUAUGUGGGAGAUGGUAGUGCAAAGUUGCACGUUUUAGACCCGAAAAAAGAUUUUGAACGAGUCAAGUGUUACAGCACUGACCAUAAAAAAGGUAUCAAUGGUGUUCACAUCGCACCCGGAUGUUUAAUCACGAGUUCUAUGGACGAAACAGUUCGAAUUUUCAGUCCCACUGAUCCUCCUCAACACUUUGCCACUUUAAAAUCUAAUUAUGGUGAAAUAGCUAGUAUGGAUUAUUUAAAUGACGUUCUCGCUAUUUCUGGUACAGAGGGAAUUGAAAUUUGGAGACCAAGGUUGCGAAAUGAAUAUUUAUAA